AUGGCUUUGAUUCAAGCCGGCAGCGGUGAUGAUGCCAGUGAAUCCCAACCUCAGCAGGAAUACACGGACGAAGACUUCGCAAGCCGCGGUGGGAAGCGGGAUGCACUUGCAACCAGUACCUGGUUACGGAAGCUACAAACCGACAACCCAACGGAGUACAAGAAAGUCUUCAAGGAGUUCAAGAACAAUGUGCCUGAUGAGAAAGGAGGCCGAUCCAAGAAGAGAGUUGGUUGGAAACCUCAACAGCUUGUGGUUUGCAAGAGCCACGAGGCAACGAAACAAUCCAGGUGGGCCGGAAACUAUGAAGAGAUGCGCUUUGGCAGGUACCUGCAGUACUUCACUGGUGACGAAUGUGACCCGGAAGACAGGAUGACUGAUUCUGAAGCCAGAAUCAAUUGGAUGAAAGAAACAAAACACAAGAUCAAAGUCUACAGCCACAAGAAGCAGAAACAUGAAGUAGUUGAAGUAGUCUCAGUUGAAGUGAAGCGUACCCGACAUCAGGAGCAGAUCGGAGCUGAAAAGUCAACGGCAACACAGGUGACUGAACAGGUGAACAAUGAACCAUCCUUGAAAUGGAUGGGAAAAUUCAUGAAUGAAGACACGGCCAUUGAUGGCGAAGGUGAUGGCGGCAACGGCAAAAGGAAGAAAGCGAAAAAGCCCACGAAGAAAAAGGAGACUGACAUAGCCACAGCAAAGCUUCGAUCGGCAACCAAGGUUGUGAACCAGCGCAAGCUAUUGGCAGCACUCUUCAAGGACACCGAAGAGAAGCUACAGGCGUGGUAUGGCCAACACAAAGCCAUGGUCGACAAGACAAAGGAGCUCAUAGAAAAGGGUGUCAGUGAAGAGAGGCUGCUGACUGACAAUGAGGUUUUUGGGCUGGAUGACAAUGCCAGUGUGGUCAAGAUGAUCUACACAAUCUUGGCCCGGCAUGAGCUUCUCGAACUCUUGAGCUACGGGAUGCACCCUACGCCUGCCGAGACGACACCUACGCCUGCCGACAAAACCGAGAUGACGUUGGACGAGCUCAGCAAAAAAAUCGAAGAGAAGAUCAACAAGGAUCCCUUCAUGACUGAGCAGGCCCCCAGCGUCAUUUCGCUGAAGGAACUGGCUGACCCAGAGGGCAUGUUCUCGGGAUGUUCCAUGGCUGCUGACAUUCAAGACAUUGAAGCAUCCAUGAUGAAGCGGAUUGCUAAUUCCAAGACGGCAGUGGCGGCUCUCCGCCGCACCAUGAAGGACUGCGACCAAAUGGUCAAGUCAGUGCAAAAGGCUCGUCAGCGCUACCAAGACCAGUUGGCCCGAAGCACCCAGACUGGCAAAGGCACAAAUGGGCCUAAUCUUAGUGGGCGGCCGAACCUAAACAACUUGGAUAAGGAUGAUCCCGAAGUGCUACGAGCCUACAAGCAAAUCAGCCAACUAUUUGAGAUGAGGGUGGUGACAAACCUGGAGGAGGACGACAAGGACAAGCAGAGAUUCCCGGUGAUCAUCCGCAAGGGCAGAAAUUCCCUAAGCAUGAUGUGUGGCCACAAGGAACCGACCAAAAAGUUCUUCACGACUUGCAACACAAGUUUUGUGAACCAACUGCAGACGCAGUCUUUGACACGACCAACGUCAGCUGUGAAGACUUGUGAUAGCUCGGGCUGUGAAGAUCCUGUAGCUGCUGCAGCAGUGCUUGAAAUGAAGACCAGGCUCUUCGACCUACUGCCUCCUGACUGGAAGAAGGAGACAUGCUUUGUCGACGAGGAGACCCUGGAGGUGCAUGCGAAGAAGAAUGACUUGGAGCAAGGCAUGACCGAGUUGAGUGCACUCCAUUUGUGCGGCGCAAAGCAAGGUGUGACAUACUGUGGUAUUGAGAACUGCGCUUUGCCCUCGCUUCGUCUUCAGGUAUCAGGGUCAAAGAUGGUCGUGAUGGCUUCAGUCGCUGAGAUCAUGGAGCACUUUGGUGUGAAUGGCUUGGCAGAGGCCCGGGAUCGAUUCCAGUCUUUGGCAGCUGCAGAUUUGCCCGAUCCAGCCUCUGGAUUCUCGUCUGGAUUACAGGGUCAGACAGUGACACAUGUUGUGGACGGACAUACAUACAUUCGUGGACGAACAACCCAAUAA